GCCUCCGGCUCCUAUGGCAGUUGGGUGCGUGUUGCUGCUCCUCAGGCCAGUUGGUGCCCAGUGACUGGUGGCUGGUCACCUGUGCUCAGGGCCAGUGGGAGCCUCCCUGUCUGCUCCUUGCUCCACCUUGGACGGCAGCCGUCUCUCAUGCCACCCCACUUCUCCCACGUGGUGCCGCCCCACCCCUGAGGGGGGAGAGGGUGUGGCUGGAGGGUGGCAUGCCUGUCCCAGGAAACUCCAGGCCGGAGGGCAGAGGCAGGAGCCAAAGGCUGGAUCAGAGCCCCGAGCCUUCCCAGUGCCCGCCUCUGCUCUGGCCUGGAGGAUACGGGGUUGGCAGCUGCCAGGUGCAGGGGGUCCCUCUCACUCCCCCCACCAUGGAUCUGCAUCUCUUUGACUACACGGAGCCAGGGAACUUCUCUGACAUCAGCUGGCCAUGCAACAGCAGCGACUGCAUCCUGGUCGAUACGGUGCAGUGCCCCGCCAUGCCCCACAAAAGCAUCCUGCUCUACACGCUCUCCUUUAUUUACAUUUUCAUCUUCGUGACAGGCAUGAUUGCCAACUCUGUGGUGGUCUGGGUGAACAUCCAGGCCAAGACCACAGGCUACGACACCCACUGCUACAUCUUGAACCUGGCCAUCGCGGACCUGUGGGUGGUCAUCACCAUCCCGGUCUGGGUGGUCAGCCUGGUGCAGCACAACCAGUGGCCCAUGGGCGAGCUCACCUGCAAGGUCACGCACCUCAUCUUCUCUAUCAACCUCUUUGGCAGCAUCUUCUUCCUCACGUGCAUGAGCGUCGACCGCUACCUCUCCAUCACCUACUUCACCAGCACCUCCAGCCGCAGGAAGAAGAUGGUGCGCCGCAUCGUGUGCGUCCUGGUGUGGCUGCUGGCCUUCUGCGUGUCUCUGCCCGACACCUACUACCUGAAGACCGUCACGUCUGCUUCCAACAACGAGACCUACUGCCGGUCCUUCUACCCCGAGCACAGCAUCAAGGAGUGGCUGAUCGGCAUGGAGCUGGUCUCUGUUGUCUUGGGCUUUGCCGUCCCCUUCUCCAUCAUCGCUGUCUUCUACUUCCUGCUUGCCAGGGCCAUCUCGGCGUCCGGCGACCAGGAGAAGCACAGUAGCCGGAAGAUCAUCUUCUCCUACGUGGUGGUCUUCCUCGUGUGCUGGCUCCCCUACCACGUGGUGGUGCUGCUGGACAUCUUCUCCAUCCUGCACUACCUCCCCUUCACCUGCCAGCUGGAGAACGCGCUCUUCACGGCGCUGCACGUCACGCAGUGCCUGUCCCUGGUGCACUGCUGCGUCAACCCCGUGCUCUACAGCUUCAUCAACCGCAACUACAGGUACGAGCUCAUGAAGGCCUUCAUUUUCAAGUACUCCGCCAAAACAGGCCUCACCAAGCUCAUCGACGCCUCCAGAGCGUCAGACACAGAGUACUCUGCGCUGGAGCAAAGCACCAAAUGACCCACCAUGCAGAGCCUGGGACAGGGAGCUUGUGAACGUGGCCUUGGGCCGCAUGGUUUCCAUAGGAGAGCAAGGGAGCUUUGGGUCUUGAUGCCCAAGUGACAUGAAGAGGAGAAGGCGUGACAUUGUGCAUCUUCCUCUGUCCACGCCAGUGCAGUUGUCGCCUGGCUGUGCACUCUGACGCUUUGGCAAAGGCAGAACUGAGCCGUGUAGCCAGCGCUGUGUGCCAGCCAGCUUCAGGACAGGCUUGCCUGGACGUCUGUACAUAGAACCUCCUGGGCUUCCUGAAACUUUUAUAUGGUGAUUUGUAUUUAAGUUUUAAGGCUUUAUUUUCUCACUAUUGGCGUACUUUAUAAAUGUAUUUGAAAGUUAAAUAUAUUUUAAAUAUUGUAUGGGAGGUAUAAUGCUGACAUACUCAGAUUGAUGUAGUAUUAAGAUUUAGUUUGACUUCAGUUGUGACUAAGGAUGACAUUAAUUGUUAGCUGAUUUAAAAUUUUAUAUAUAUAUAUAUAAAUAUAUAUGAAUAUAUAAAAAUAUAUGCCAGUCUUGGCCAAAAUGUUUUAUUUACAAUAGUUUUAUUUCUGUGUGGUGUGUUGUACCAGCACAGGAUAUGGAACAGAAACUGCUCCGUAAGGCAGUUUGGACGUUAAUACUAUUGCAGAGUUACAUUUAAAACAAAAGAAGACCGUUCCAGGCUGCAAAACCUGUGCACAAAAUGAACAGAGUUCUCUUAAUUUGUAAGUUAUUUUUUUUAAUAAAGAAUUUUGUUUCCUAAAA